AUGGAAUUAUUAUUGCAAUUCACGCCAACAUUCUUAUUCUGGCAUUUCUCGGAUUUUCAAGACAGAAAGAUUCACCACCUAGAGUAUGCUCGGGACGGUGCGCUGGACGGCGCUAUAUUGCGUGCGAUUGCAGUCAACGUUCCAGUGCGCUUCAGACAUCUUGCCCUGGGCAUUCGCCAUGACCAUUUUGGAAAUCUUGAUAGGAAGCGUCCAUUUAUUGAACUAAUGUUUGAUGGUGGUCGCGAUGACCCUUCUACACGCCCGGAUGCGCACUAUGUUGGCGUUGUACUGGACCUCAUGAGUGUGGACGCCAAAGAUGGGGAGCUCGCUGUAAUCACCGUUUCGGCAAUUCUCGAAGGUGUCUGGGACAGCGUUUAUCUGGGACUACUAGUUGCACCUCAUGCACCGCAACCUUAUAAACGUAAAUGGUCGCAGUGCUCUGAAUCGUUUGAUGAUAUUGACGAAUCACGAGCUCUUCGAGUUCCAUGA